AUGUCGAAUUUUGGGAGAAGGACCUGGGACAGGGAGGAAUAUGCUGAGAAAGCCAGGAGUGGCUAUGAUGAUCAAUCCUUAAAGACGACACUAACGCCGACUGAGUUACAAGCUUUGAAGUCCAAAUACAUAAAUUACGACCAACUAAUUAAGGGUUCGCUAAAAGAUCUAAAUAAAAGAAAGCUAACAACAAAUGCGGACAGUUUGUCGUCUUUUAAGAGAGGAAAGAAGUUCGGGUUCUAUUGCGAUGUUUGUAAUCUAACAUUCAAAGAUACACUACAAUACAUUGAUCACUUGAACCACAAACUGCACGCAAUAAAAUUUGAAAACUUGUUUGAUGAGCCCUUGAUAAUGGAUUUAAGAGAUAAUGAUGAUGUACCGCAGGAGGAAUUUGAACAAUCUUAUCAUGAGCUGGUAAAAAAAUUCACGGAGGUGCAUUCUACGAAGACCCAGUCCAGAAAAAAGAAAUUCUCAGACGUAAACGUGAACAAACAACCCAAGAAGGUGACCAUCCAAUCCCCUAUCAAAAACGAAUCGAAUAUCAAUCAAAUGAUGGGCUUUGCCAAUUUUGGCACCUCCAAAAAAUGA